CCCCCCCUGCCUCCUCCCUGCAGGCAGACCGUCCAGUUGAACCGAAUCAAGUCACCCUGUCGGAGCGCCACGGCAGGCUUCCCCGACUUUCAUCCAUUUACCUAAAUCACAAGCACCCGGAAUGUGCAUGAGGAAACUUUACCAAGCGUUACUUUAAUGGAAAGAAAUGCUGCGUUAAAAGCACCAUGGGGUACGGCCAAAUCCUCCACCUGCGCGGGAGCGACGAGGACCGCGUCCACCUCAACGUGGGAGGGGAGCGGCACCAGGUAGAGCGGGGCACCCUGCUCCGCUUCCCGCACACGCGGCUGGCCCAGCUGCUGCGCUGCCAGGGCGAGCUGGGCAUCCUGGAGCUGUGCGACGACUACAACCCCGCCGACGGCGAGUACUACUUCGACCGGAACCCCCGUAUGUUCCUGUGUGUGCUCAACUUCUACCGCACGGGCUGCAUCCACAUGAUGGAGGAGCUGUGCGUCUACUCCUUCAGCCAGGAGAUCGAGUACUGGGGCAUCCAGGAGCUCUACCUGAGCCCCUGCUGCAGCGGCUGGUACCAGGAGCGCAAGGAGUACAUCGAGGACCGCGAGUGGGACGUGCGCAGCGACGACCAGCAACAGCCCAGCCUGGACUCGUCCUUCGAGGAGCUCUCAGGGUUGGAGAAGGACCUGGACAAGUUCAAGGGCGCGUGGUGCGGCGAGACCCGGAGCUACAUGUGGCUGCGGCUGGAGGACCCGGGGCACUCGUGCUCCGCCAAGGUGAUCGCCGUGGCGUCGCUGGCCGUGGUGCUGACCUCCAUCGUGGCCAUGUGCGUGCACAGCAUGCCCGAGUUCCAGCGCACCGACGACAACGACAAGCCCAUCGAAGACCCCGCCUUCGCCGUGGUGGAGGGCAUCUGCAUCGCCUGCUUCUCGGCCGAGUUCAUCCUGCGGCUGAUCGCCGCGCCGUCCCAGCGCAAGUUCCUGGGGAACCCGCUGAACAUCAUCGACAUCGCCUCCAUUCUGCCCUUCUACAUCACGCUGGCCUUCGAGACGGACGGGGAGCACUCGGAGGAGAACGAGGACCUGGAGAACGUGGGCAAGGUGGUGCAGGUCCUGCGCCUCAUGAGGGUCUUCCGGAUCCUCAAGCUGGCCCGCCACUCCAUCGGCCUGCGGGCCCUGGGGGCCACGGUGCGCCACAGCUACCAGGAGGUGGGCCUGCUCCUGCUCUUCCUCUCCGUGGGCAUCUCCAUAUUCUCUGCGCUCAUCUACUUUGCAGAGAAGGAGGACGACGACACGGACCUGGGGACCAUCCCGGUGGGCUGGUGGUGGGCCACCAUCACCAUGACCACGGUGGGCUACGGGGACACCUGCCCCGUGACGUUCGCAGGGAAGAUCGUGGCCACGCUGUGCAUCGUGUGUGGCCUGCUGGUGGUGGCCCUGCCCAUCUCCAUCAUCUUCAACAAGUUCUCCAAGUACUACCAGAGGAACAAGGCGCUGGAGAAGCUGAACCUGAGCCAGGAGAAGAGGCAGCAGGAGGCGGUGGACCUGCCGUACUACGACAUCCGAGACCUGUACACCCACAGCAUGUACCCCUUCAUCGGAGGCCUGGCCUUCAAAAGCAGCCUGAGCAGCUUAGGGAGUGGGACGCAUGCUUCAAGGGUCCAGGAGGUAGAUUAAGGGGGCAUCAAAGUGACUGUUACCACUGUGGAUCUAGCUGCUUUAUAGAUGCAGUGCAUAGGGAAGCCUUUCAGGGGACAGCUCUCCUGUCGUUAGCCAUGCCUCCUGUAGCUCCUUCUUGGAUAAGAUGGAUUAGACAUUUCAUUUUUGACCUAAACGGUCAGCACAUCUGACCGUUUAGACCGAAAGAUUAGAAGUAUAAUUAUUCAAUUCUAGCUUCCAGGUUGGCGGGACCUUUUUCUGCCCCAGAUGAGGAUAAAAAUGAUGCAUGUGUGCCAUAACGUUAAUGUUCCUCCAGGUAAUGCUCUGUAUCGAUUGGUCCGCUUUGUGGGACUCCGGGCAAGGAUUACAUUCAAAAAUAGAAAAGUUGAAAGUGGGACUGACACUAAAUGCACCAAAUGAUGGAUGAGCAUGGCCCAUGUCAAUUCCAAAUGGGCAUGAACAAGCAAAAUGGCUUUUUAAAAAUACAUUAGGUAAGUAGUUGUUUAGCAUAGGUGAUUACAUUCAUACGGCACAUAAGAGAUACAUCUCCUAUUUGCCACAUAUCUAUUUUACUGAGCAAGUAAAGAUGUAGAAUUUCCAUCUAAUUCAACGUUGUGGCAUGCCAUGCAAGGGUUUUAAAAUAACAGUGUCAGAAAUGUAAUAAAAUACCAGUCAACCAAUAA